CGACAGACGGAUAAUUUCAGCUUUGGGCUUUGAACUGAUACAACGACUUAUGGAAGUCUGACAAGCACCAUUUCUCCGUCCAUGAAUGAGCUUUGCGGAAUUCCAUCCAAUUUUUCCAAGCUUGUAUCGUUUUAGUAGUUGUCCUUCCCUCGAUGACCAUGUCCAAUGGUCCCCUUCCAUCUCAGCUAUGUUUGUUGCCAGAUUUAGCGUUGAAGAAGGAAGGCGACAAAGUUCGGUUUCUGGGUUGUGUGACUUCUUACUCUACGGUGGCUGGUGUUUUGACGCUACAGCAUCACCACCAGGCCCAGGACUCUCGGUGCGUCGUCGCCUUGGUGGACGUAACGUUGGCUUUGCGGACCCUCAAGUCGGACCAGGUACGUAUUGGAGAGUGGGUGAACGUGAUUGGGUAUAUCACUGCCGUGAACCCCUUCCCCGCCAGGAAAGGCUCGAUGAGAGAAAACGAAACAUUCCAGGCACGGGUUCAGAUGCAGGUUCGCAUCCGCGCUCUUCUUGUUUGGUCUUCCGGACCACUCGACACACAGCGAUACAACGAAUCGGUAGAUGCUUUGAAAAGUUGCUGUAGCAUCACAGCUCCAAACUCAGCCAGCAAGAACGGACAA